UAUGAGUCAAGGACAUCUGAUUAUCAUGAUAAAGCCACUGAAUUAGAAUUUAAAUAUUGAAAUGGAUCCAGAUACUUAGGUCAAAGAAUUAUUUGAAUACAUUUAAAAUGAAUUCAAGUAUUUUACAUUUCAUUUUUAGAAUUGCUUCUGAUAUACGAAACUGGACAUGCUAUUCUGAAUAAAAACGCAUUUAUUUAGACCAUUAGGGUUGUAUAGGAAAAGUUUAAAAUGAGAAAUUAACAAUCAAUACAUAACCAAAUGAAUAACUUCAAUAGAUUACUCCAGAUAGCAAUCUUAUAAAAGCUUCAUCUUAAUUACAGUAUACAUAAAAUUAAUAAGCAUUUCCUGCUUAAGUCCAAUAAUAAUAAAUAUAGAUUCAACCUCUUAAUUAAAGUUCAUAAUAAAUCUAAAAUAAAUUAUAGUCUGGGAAUUAACCUCAAUAAUAAAAUUAUAAUUAAGCACAACUUCAAAAUUCUAGUUAAGUUUAAAAUCAAUCAUAAACGGUGAAUAUCAAUUUUAUAAUUACUGAUGGAAAUAUUAAAAGAUAAUUCCAAAGUAUCUUUAAUUCAAAUGAUAAACUUGAAAAUUUGGCUGAUGCUGUACUUGCCUAUUUAGGAGUUACAAAGUAUUCUUUUAUAUUAUAAUUAGAGAAAUAGCCUCUUGUGAUUUAAUUAUUUUUGAUCAAAAUUACAAUCAUCCUACAAAACGUGAGAAAACUUUACAUCAGUUAUCAAUUAAAUCUGAAGUUACUGUAGAUGCCCGUUUAAGAUGGAUUGGAGGUAGCCAAUAUUGA